AUGGCAUCUGGAUCCCCCGCCAACAUAACGGCGGAACAGCUACCAGAGCUUCUCAAGGAGGACUUGGCAGUGAAAGUGGCAGGCAUUGAUGUCGAUGGCAUGCUGCGCGGCAAGCUCAUGGCGAAGAAGAAGUUCCUCAGCAUAGUGAAGGAGGGCUUUGGCUUCUGUAGUGUGAUAUUUGGCUGGGACAUGCACGACCAGCUCUACUUUCGCGAACUUGGCGUCUCAAACAAGGAGAAUGGAUACCGCGAUCUCAUUGCCAUACCAGAUCUGCAGUCGUUUCGAAGGAUCCCGUGGGAAGAGAACGUGCCCUUCUUCCUCAUCAAGUUCUACGACCCUGACACCAAAGCGAGCCUCAGUGUGUGCCCAAGAAGUCUGUUGAUGCGUGCAGUCGAUAAGCUGAGGCACAGUGGUUAUGGCGCAAUGGCUGGGGCCGAGUACGAAUUCUACCAGUUUCGCGCGCCGCAAACACAUGACGGGACAGAGAGGAACAGCUCGAGCACGGCAGCAUUCUUGCGCGACAAUCCCGUCAAUUCACUGCCGAGUCUCACAGAAGGCAUGUUCGGAUACAGCAUCACGCGACCAGUCCACAACCAGGAAUACUACUAUGGCAUCUUCAACACGUGCGCCCGAUUCAAUUGCGGAAUCGAAGGCUGGCAUACAGAGUCGGGGCCUGGUGUUUAUGAAGCGGCCCUCGAAUUCGACGAAAUCGAAAGGAUGGCAGACAAGGCCUCUCUCUUUAAGCUGGUGGUAAAAUCAUUGGGGUCCAAGUUCGGCAUAACACCAUGCUUCAUGGCGAAACCGCGCGAGGGUCUACCUGGAAAUAGUGGGCACAUGCACGUUUCGAUCGUCGACAAGGACGGCAAAAACCUUUUUGCUCGCGCAGAAGAGGACAAGGAUGCUCCCUACUCAGACAUUCGAUACCUAUCCGACUUGGGGCGAUAUUUCCUUGCUGGCCUGAUUGACGGAUUACCAGACAUUAUGCCUAUCCUUGCGCCCAACGUGAAUAGCUACAAACGAUUAGUCGAGAACUUUUGGGCGCCUGUCACCGUAUCCUGGGGUCUCGAGCACCGCGCCGCUUCUAUCCGCCUCAUCGCUCCUCCUACCGCCUCUGCAAAAGCAACGCGGUUUGAAGUGCGUGUGCCUGGCGCCGACACCAGCCCACACUACGUCCUCGCCGCCAUUCUAGCCUUGGGCUGGCGGGGCAUAGAGAAGAAGCUUGAGAUUGGCAUACCACCACUCGGUAAAGGCGAGGAUGUAGGUGGGAACACGGACAAGGGCGAGCGGCUAGCCAAGAGCCUGAAAGAGGCCACGGACCGCUUUAUGAGGAAAGAAAGCGUUGCGCGAGAAGUGUUUGGAGACGAGUUUGUCGACCACUUCGGUGGAACAAGACAACACGAGAUCAGGCUUUGGGACGAGGCUGUUACGGACUGGGAGGUCAGACGGUACAUUGAGACGAUCUAG